UUAUGCAAUCAAUUCAUUAAGGAGAAUAAUCAUUUAGGUUUAGCAUUAAUCGCUAGACAAAAAGGUAUCCCACCUUUAUUAAGACAUAAAAUUUGGCCAAUCUUGUUAAAAUAUCAUCCUUAUGUUAUAAAUCCAUACCUAAGUGCAAAUGUGGAAAAUGAUUCAGAUAAUGAUAUCCCCGAGGGUAAAAUCAAAUCAGAAUUAUUGAAAUAUUUCAGAAUAAGGAAUAUUUUAGAUGAUGAAAAUUCACAACCCAAUAACAAUAACAAUAGUAAUAAUAAUGGUAAUGUCUCACCAGAUUAUAAAACUUCUGCAUUAGAAGAAGAAAUUAUAAGGAUUUUAGAAGCUUCAAUUUUAAAAUUUUUCAAAAAAUGGGGUGCUAUCAUAAAAUAUGAUGCUGGUUUCGCAUGGAUUGCUUUGAAUUUAGCUGAAUGGUUUCCCCCAAUCCCUGGUUCAAAUUAUGUUUUAAUUGGGAGAGAUGUCAUUAAUCAAAAAGAUCCUCAUAAUAAACAUUUAACACAGUUGAGUUCUUUAAAAGAUGAAGAGGAGUUUAGUCUUGAUGAACAACAAUUUGAACAAGAGGAGGACCAGGAUGAAGGUGCCAUAAUGACAUUUGCUGAAGUUUAUGAACGAUUAGUAUUGGUGCUUUUACAUUCAAAUGAAUCAGAUGAUAAAGAACAUAAUCAAGAUGAUUCUAAAAACACUGUUGAUAUAAUAUCUUCAAAUAAUUUAAACAGAUUAGAAUUAUUGUUUAAAUCUGGUAAUAUUGAAUCAAGAAUUGGGUUUUUCCUUAUUGCGUUUGCUAAACUAUUACCAGAAUUAUAUAAAUCUUUAUCAGAGGAGGAAAUUGUUAAUAGUAAUUCAAAUAAGAAUAAUCAAUGGCUAACAUGGUGGUUUAAAUAUUGUGGGGCAAAAGUUUUCGAUAAAUUUGAUCGUGGGAGAUUAUGGGAUUUAUUAAUUGGAUUUAGAUUAUCUUAUUCAAAUUUUGAAUAUAAAUUUUUUGAUAAUUCAAGAGUUUUGAAAAGGUUUAAGAAAUUUUAUAAUGAUGAUGAUUUUAAAUUUGAUAAUGAUUUGAAUGUUGAAUUCCAAACUGAUGCAUUUUGGUAUAAACCUUCAAAUGAUGAAAAAAAUGAAUUGAAAUGGUCUCAAUGUGAUUAUCAAAUUCAAUUGGUUUUCAUAUAUAUUGCAAUUUUACAAAAAAAUGAAUCAAAAUUAUUAGAAUUUGAUCAAUUUGAAAUUAAGAAUUUCUUGAAUAAAUUACCAAAUGAUAAAUUCAAAGAAAUUCAUGAAUUAAAUACCAUUAAUGAUCCCAAAUUAUUGAAUAAUAGUGAUUAUGUUAGUAAUGAUUUUGAAAAAUUGUUUAAUCAAGCUGGUGAAUUAUGGAGAAAUUGGUUAUGGAAUGAAAUUAGAGAUGAA